AGAUUGAAUAAAUCCUGAAAUGGAGAAGAAAUUAGAGGUUCUGCGGGAACAAAUUAUGGCUAGAUCUGCCCCGUGUGAUGCUGAGCUUCAAGAACUAAUGCUUCAGAUUGACAUAAUGGUAAACAACAGGAAACGAGAAUGGGAAAAGAAGAUGGAGGCUUUAGAAGUCAGGAUGACUAUCAAGGAUCAAGAACUGGCAAGUGCCCAAAGCAAGCUAGAUCAGAAAGGUCAAGAGGUUGGGCUGCUAAAACAGAAGUUAGACAGUUUGCACAAGAAUGAAUGUGAGAUGGUUCAGCAUUUUGAUGUGCAGCUUCGGGGCCUGAAAACUCAAUGUGCCAAGCUGACACACAGCUACGAAAAGCUACAGCUGCACCAAUUAAGACAAAAUAAAGCUCAUGGGAAGGGACAAGGUACAGAAAGCCAAGAAACGCCAUUUCAGCUAAAGAGUUUAAAUCAGAAAUUGGAGGAAUUUAAAGCUAAAUCAAAAGAAUGGGAUAAACAAGAAACACUGUAUCAAAACCGUCUAGUUUCUUUAGAUGCUCAGGGAAAAUUGUUGACUGAGAAAUGCAGUCUGUUUCAGAAACAAGCACAGAAUUGCCAAAACCAGAUGCAUUGCCAAAAGCGAACCCAGAAUGAGGACGGCCCCUGCAGCCACUGCAAAGCGGAGCGCCUCGGCAUUCAGCAGGACAUUUUCACCGAACCCACUGAAAGAAACGAGUUCUUUAUGGAGAAACUGAAGUCCACUGUGAGCGAAAUAGCGGUGAGCAGGAACAGGCUGCAACAGGAAAACCUCAAGCUCCAGCAGGAAGUAAAAAUAUACCAAUGGAAGUGCCAGAACUUCGAAGCCCGGUUUACAGAGGUGAAAAAUGAACUGCGGUUGCGGGAGGAUCUCUUGAAUAUGGUAGAGCUGGAAUGCCAACAGUUGCGGAAAGAAGUUGCCAAGAUGGAAGACUAUAAAAAUAAGGAAGACGAUCAAGUGAAGCUUCAGUCGGCUUAUGCUCAGUGCAUCAAGGAACUGGAGACAAAAAAGGUUGAGAUGCUUGUCUUGGAACAACAGUGUGAAAAUCGACAGAAUGAGCUAAACCAGAUAAGGGACCGUCUUUAUCAGGAAGCGCAGUCCCAUCGCUCUGAGGUGGAAAGAAUGAGGACAGAAAUCUCUGACCUGACAGAAGAGCUUCAUCAGAAGGAGAUCACUAUAGCAACUAUCACGGAGAAAGCUGCUCCUCUGGAAAGGCAGUUACAAAUGAAAUUAGAGAUAAAAGAGAAAAUGUUAGGAAAACAACAGAUGAUAGAUUUGUCUGAGAAAGAACACGAAGCCUAUUCGGAUUCCACUCAUACGCUGGAGCAGGAGAAUGAGAGUUUACACGAUCAAUUCGUUCGAUUACCAGAGGACACAGGAGCACCUUUCCUGGUGAACUCUGUUGCAUCCUUCAAAAGAAAUUGUGCCAACCAUGCUGCAGUUACGAUGCAAGACAAGGAAGAGAGGAAAGUCAACGUUUUCCCAGCAAACCGCUGCUAUAUUUCAAACAUCAAACAGAAGCAGACGCUCCCAAGCUAUUGUUGCGAUCCGAUUCUGACUCCAGGACCAUUGCGGAAUGAAAAUGAAUGGACGGCACAGCCUGCAACUUACGAGACUUUUGGCUACUGCAGAUCCGAAAUUCCUGCAUGGUGGGGCCAGGGCGAUAUCGUCGGCACUGAAAGCAUCACACAUUUGCCUCCUCCAAGACUGAGCAGAGAUCGUGAACUGACAAUAGAUGGUAGAUCUCAAUCACCACUAGAGGUAUAUCCUGCAUAUUACAGCAAUUACCUUCCUGAAAGAAACUGGUCUGAUACGUUGCUCAGCCAUCUUCAUGUUAUGGAAGAAAACCAGAUGUCUUCCCCGGAGACCUUGUUUCCUGCCACCGCCAUGGAGAAGUUCCUCCAAGAGGAAGAGAAGCGAGCGAGGGACUUUGAAAAGGUUUUAAACGGGCACAUCGAGGAACUGCAAAGGCAGUCAGAGAAUACCCUAAAGAAAUACGCCGGUCUCAGGCAAAGCCGACACAGAUGAA